CUAAAGGAGCCUCCAAGAACACCUUAGGAUUAGAUUAAACCCGACUCUGUUUGUCGGAUAGGUGAUUAUGUGGCAUUCUUGCUUCAAAAUCCGGCCGGUCCGCCCUCAAUCAAGCUAAAACAAACGCAUAUUGCUAGCUUCGUGCAGUCUGUCGACAGCAUCAGAAGUGACGUUGACAACUCCACAUGAAAGAAACAAGAUGGGAAGGUGAUGAUGGAGUACAUUGGAGCCACAGGGGCGCCCGUGAAGUUCGACUCUGUGCCCAUCGACGAUGGCCUAGACUUCAACUUCAUCCUUGGCUUUGCCAUUGAUGCCGACGCCUCGGGCAAUCCCCAAAAUGGGGUCUUCUCACCCUAUUGGGAAUCCACAUUGACCCCGGACUCCGUUGCCUCCAUCAAGCAAAAGCAUCCCAAUGUCAAGGUGCUUGCCAGCCUCUCUGGAUGGAGCCUAGGCCCCAACGUGCUCCGCUGGUAUGACCCGGAAGAUGCUGCAACCUGGAUUUCAAAUGCCUUCUCAUCUCUCCAGUCUCUAGCCACCACAUACCAUCUCAAUGGGAUCGACAUCGACUACGAGAACUUCCCAAAGCACGGCAACACGAGCUUUGCCUAUUGCAUCGGCGAGCUCAUCACCCUCCUCAAGAACCAGAGCGUCAUCUGCACCGCGACCAUCGCGCCCUAUCACCUCACCACCGGUCCUUACAUCGAGCUCUUCAAUGGAUACAAGGAUGUCAUUGACUAUGUUAACCAUCAAUUCUACACCGAUAAAGUCAGCACCCCGAAGGGGUACUUGGAGGCGUUUCAGCUGCGGGCCAGUCAGUUCGACAAGGACAAGCUGCUCCCUAGCUAUGAAGUUAAUGGGAGAGGGAUUCAAGGGGACGCGUUUUUCGACGCUCUGAAUCUUCUGCAAGAGAACGGGUUCGAAAUUAAUGGGAUCAUGAUCUUCUCAGCCGAUGAGUCGUUGUCGGAUGGCUUUCUCUACGAGAGAAAAUCACAGCAGUUCCUACUUAAUACGACUAGUGUGUGACUAUCAACCAAUUUGAGGUUGUAAUAAUAUCAGCAUAUUGUACUUCCUAUCCUGUGACUAUCAACCAAUUUGAGGUUGUAAUAAUUUCAGCAUAUUGUACUUCCUAUUCCCAUCAUUAAAAAUAAUCAUUUC